CGGGAAGUCCCGGCCGCCAGCGGGAGGGCUUUCUUGGCCGGGCCGCGGCCGCCUGCCGCUGCCGCGGGCCCAAGCCGGAGCGGCGGGGUGGGCGCCCCGACAUGGCGGCCCGGAGCGCCCCGAACUGCCACCUGCGACUCGAGUGGGUGUACGGCUACCGGGGCCACCAGUGCCGCAACAACCUCUACUACACGGCGGCCAAGGAGAUCGUGUACUUCGUGGCCGGCGUCGGCGUGGUGUACAGCCCGCGGGAGCACCGGCAGAAGUUCUACCGGGGCCACAGCGACGACAUCAUCAGCCUUGCAUUGCAUCCUGAACGAGUAUUGGUAGCAACGGGACAAGUUGGGAAAGAGCCUUAUAUCUGUGUUUGGGAUUCAUACACUGUGCAGACCAUAUCAAUUCUAAAGGAUGCUCAUACACAUGGUAUAGCUUGUUUAGCAUUCGACUUAGACGGGCAGCGCUUGGUUUCAGUUGGACUUGAUUCAAAGAAUGCAGUUUGUGUUUGGGAUUGGAAAAGGGGAAAAAUGUUAUCUAUGGCCCCUGGCCACACAGACAGAAUAUUUGAUAUCUCUUGGGACUUGUACCAGCCAAAUAAACUUGUCAGCUGUGGUGUAAAACAUAUCAAGUUCUGGAGUUUAUGUGGAAAUGCUCUGACCCCAAAACGAGGGGUCUUUGGUAAAACUGGUGACCUUCAGACAAUUUUGUGCCUGGCCUGUGCAAGGGAUGAAUUAACAUAUUCUGGUGCACUUAAUGGGGAUAUAUAUGUUUGGAAAGGAAUCAAUCUUAUAAGGACAAUACAAGGAGCCCAUACUGCAGGAAUUUUUAGUAUGAAUGCUUGUGAAGAAGGCUUUGCUACUGGUGGCAGAGAUGGCUGUAUUCGCCUUUGGGAUUUAACUUUUAAACCGAUUACUGUGAUUGAUCUCAGGGAAACAGACCAGGGAUACAAAGGUUUGUCUGUGAGGAGUGUUUGUUGGCGUGGUGACCACAUUCUAGUUGGAACACAGGACAGUGAAAUUUUCGAAAUUGUGGUGCAUGAAAGGAAUAAACCUUUCCUAAUUAUGCAAGGGCAUUGUGAAGGUGAACUUUGGGCACUUGCUGUUCAUCCUACAAAACCUUUGGCUGUGACUGGAAGUGAUGAUCGUUCAGUCAGGAUAUGGAGUCUAAUAGAUCAUGCACUAAUAGCAAGGUGUAAUAUGGAAGAACCCAUUCGUUGUGCAGCUGUAAAUGUAGAUGGAAUCCAUCUUGCCCUUGGAAUGAAGGAUGGCUCAUUCACUGUACUUAGAGUAAGAGAUAUGACCGAAGUUGUACAUAUUAAAGACAGGAAGGAGGCAAUUCAUGAGUUAAAAUAUUCCCCAGAUGGAACUUACCUUGCUGUUGGAUGCAAUGACAGCUCAGUUGAUAUCUAUGGCGUUGCGCAACGUUAUAAAAAGUUUGGGGAAUGUGUUGGGUCGCUUAGUUUCAUCACUCAUCUUGACUGGUCCUCAGAUAGUAGAUAUUUACAGACAAAUGAUGGAAAUGGUAAAAGACUUUUUUAUAGGAUGCCAGGAGGAAAAGAAGUGACAAACAAAGAAGAAAUAAAAGGUGUUCAUUGGGCUUCAUGGACAUGUGUUUCAGGCCUUGAAGUAAAUGGAAUUUGGCCCAAGUAUUCAGAUAUCAAUGAUAUAAAUUCAGUAGAUGGAAAUUAUAUUGGCCAAGUUUUAGUUACAGCUGAUGACUAUGGAAUUAUAAAAUUAUUCCGAUAUCCUUGUUUAAGAAAAGGAGCCAAGUUUAAAAAAUAUAUUGGCCAUUCGGCUCAUGUAACUAAUAUCAGGUGGUCACAUGACUAUCAGUGGGUUAUUUCUAUUGGUGGAGCAGAUCACUCUGUCUUCCAGUGGAAAUUUAUUCCUGAAAGAAAACUAAAAGAUGCUCUUCACAUAGCACCCCAAGAAAGUCUGGCUGACUCUAAUAGUGAUGAAUCAGAUUCAGAUCUGUCUGAUGUUCCAGAACUGGAUUCUGAAAUUGAACAAGAGACACAGCUUACCUACCGUCGGCAGGUUUACAAAGAAGAUCUACCUCAGCUUAAAGAACAGUACAAGGAGAGACAAAAAGGCAGUACUUCUAAAAGAAGAGAGCGGGCUCCAGGAAAUAGCCUCCGACUGCACUUUGUUCAUGGUUACAGAGGUUAUGACUGUCGAAGUAACCUUUUUUAUACUCAAAUUGGUGAGAUUGUGUACCAUGUCGCAGCAGUGGGUGUCAUUUAUAAUCGGCAACAGAACACACAGCGCUUUUACCUGGGUCAUGAUGAUGAUAUUCUUUGCCUGGCUCUUCAUCCUUUGAAAGACUAUGUGGCAACAGGCCAGGUAGGUAGGGAUCCCUCAAUUCACAUAUGGGAUACAGAGACCAUUAAACCAUUGUCAGUAUUAAAGGGCUGCCACCAAUAUGGUGUCUGUGCUGUUGAUUUCUCAGCGGAUGGGAAACGUUUGGCUUCAGUUGGAAUAGAUGAUAGCCACACUAUUGUGCUGUGGGACUGGAAGAAAGGAGAGAAACUUUCAGUAGCAAGAGGAAGUAAAGAUAAGAUUUUUGUUGUAAAGAUGAACCCCUACGUGCCUGAUAAGUUAAUUACAGCUGGAAUUAAACACGUGAAGUUUUGGCGUAGAGCAGGGGGAGGAUUGAUUGGAAGAAAAGGCUACGUGGGCACACUGGGGAAAAAUGACACGAUGAUGUGUGCAGUAUAUGGAUGGACUGAAGAGAUGGCUUUUUCUGGAACAUCCACAGGAGACGUGUGUAUCUGGAGAGAUGUCUUUCUUGUAAAAACAGUUAAAGCACAUGAUGGGCCAGUGUUUAGUAUGCAUGCAUUGGAAAAAGGAUUUGUAACUGGAGGAAAAGAUGGGGUAGUAGCUCUUUGGGAUGACUCCUUUGAAAGAUGUCUCAAGACCUAUGCUAUAAAAAGAGCCGCUUUGGCACCAGGAUCUAAAGGUCUUCUCUUGGAAGAUAACCCAUCUAUACGUGCCAUAUCAUUAGGACACGGUCAUAUUUUAGUUGGCACAAAGAAUGGUGAAAUACUAGAAGUGGAUAAAAGUGGCCCAAUAACACUUCUGGUCCAGGGACACAUGGAAGGAGAGGUGUGGGGUUUGGCUACACAUCCCUAUCUGCCCAUCUGUGCUACUGUCAGUGAUGAUAAAACCUUAAGAAUAUGGGAUCUGUCUCCUAGUCAUUGUAUGUUGGCUGUCCGGAAACUGAAAAAGGGUGGGAGAUGUUGCUGUUUUUCUCCUGAUGGUAAAGCUUUAGCUGUAGGUCUGAAUGAUGGAAGUUUCUUAAUGGCAAAUGCAGAUACUCUAGAAGAUCUUGUGUCUUUUCAUCACAGGAAAGAUAUUAUUUCGGACAUUCGAUUUUCACCAGGUUCUGGGAAAUAUCUUGCGGUAGCAUCCCAUGACAGUUUUAUAGAUAUAUACAAUGUGAUGAGUAGUAAAAGAGUAGGAAUAUGCAAAGGCGCUACCAGUUACAUAACCCAUGUUGAUUGGGAUAUUAGAGGAAGAAAUAGAAAAUUUGGAGGAAUCCUGGGAAGAUGGUGGCGUAGGAGGACGCUGGGCUCACCGCGCGUCCUGCUGAUCACUUAGAUUCCACCUACACCUGCCUAAAUAACCCAGAAAACCGCCAGAAGACUAGCAGAACAGAGUCUCCGGAGCCAAGAGCAGACGAGAGGCCCACGGAAGAGGGUAGGAAGGGCAGAGAGGCGGUGCGAGCUCCACGGACUGGCGGGAGGGAGACGGGGCAGAGGGGCGGCCCGCUGGCCAAGCAGAGCCCCCGAGUCUGGCUGGCAAAAGCAGAGGGGCCGGAGGGAGUGUGUUCCGACAGCAAGCGGGACUUGACAUCUGGAAGGUUAUAAGCUAACAGCUCUGCUCGGAGAGCGGGAGGGCUGGAGGACAACGGGAGGGAGAGUUGUUAAGCCUCAGACGACAGAGCUCAGCUUGGCGGGGAACAAAGGCGCUCGCCAGCGCCAUCUCCCUCGCCCAUCCCCCAGCCAAAAUCCCAAAGGGAACCAGUUCCCAGAACUUGCUUGCACCACGCAAACACCCAACGCUGUGCUUCUGCGGAUCCAUCCCUCCAGCAGGUCUGACUCUUUCCCGGUGCCGCAGGGCCCCUCCCGAAGCGGAUCUCCAAAGGAAAAUCGAGCUGAACCUUCCCCUCCUGCCCCUGUGCACCUUGCCAAUCCACCCCAGCUAAUACGCCAGAUCCCCAGCACCACAAGCCUGGCAGUGUGCAAGUAGCCCAGACGGCCACACCACCCCACAGUGAAUCCCGCCCCUAGGAGAGGGGAAGAGAAGGCACACACCAGUCUGACUGUGGCCCCAGCGGUGGGCUGGGGGCAGACAUCAGGUCUGACUGCGUCCCUGCCCACCAACGCAAGUUAUUCAAGACAGCACAGGGGAAGUGCCCCGCAGUCCCGCACCACUACAGGGACUAUCCAAAAUGAUGAAACGGAAGAAUUCCCCUCAGAAAAACGUCCAGGAAAUAACAGCUAACGAACUAAUCAUAAAUGAUUUAAGCAAUAUAACAGAAAGUGAAUUUAGAAUAAUAGUCAUAAAAUUAAUCGCUGGGCUUGAAAACAGUAUAAAGGAAAGCAGAGAAUCUCUUGCUACAGAGAUCAAGGGGCUAAGGAGCAGCCAGGAGGAGCUAAAAAAUGCGAUCAAUGAACUGCAAAAUAAAAUGGAGACAACUACGGCUCAGAUUGAAGAGGCAGAGGAGAGAAUAGGUGAACUAGAAGAUAAAAUUAUGGAAAAGAAGAACCUGAGAAAAAGAGAGAUAAAAAAAUCCAGGAGUACGAGGGGAAAAUUAGAGAACUAAGUGAUGCACUAAAGAGAAAUAAUCUACACAUAAUUGGUAUUCCAGAGGAGGAAGAGAGAGGGAAAGGUGCUGAAGGUGUACUUGAAGAAAUAAUAGCUGAGAACUUCCCGGAUCUGGGGAAGGAAAAAGGCAUUGAAAUUCAAGAGGCACAGAGAACCUCCUUCAGACGUAACUUGAAUCGAUCUUCUGCACGACAUAUCAUAGUGAAACUGGCAAAAUACAAGGAUAAAGAGAAAAUUCUGAAAGCAGCUAGAGAUAAACGUGCUCUAACAUAUAAAGGGAGACCUAUAAGACUCGUGACUGAUCUCUCUACUGAAACUUGGCAAGCCAGAAAGGAAUGGCAGGAGAUCUUCAAUGUGAUAAACAGAAAAAAUAUACAGCCGAGAAUCCUUUAUCCAGCAAGUCUGUCAUUUAGAAUAGAAGGAGAGAUAAAGGUCUUCCCAAACAAACAAAAACUGAAGGAAUUCGUCACCACUAAACCAGCCCUACAAGAGAUCCUAAGGGGGAUCCUAUGAGACAAAGUACCAGAGACAUCGCUACAAGCAUGAAACCUACGGACAUCACAAUGACUCUAAACUCAUAUCUUUCUGUAAUAACACUGAAUGUAAAUGGACUAAAUGUGCCAACCAAAAGACAUAGGGUAUCAGAAUGGAUAAAAAAACAAGACCCAUCUAUUUGCUGUCUACAAGAGACUCAUUUUAGACCUGAGGACACCUUCAGAUUGAGAGUGAAGGGAUGGAGAACUAUUUAUCAUGCCACUAGAAGUCAAAAGAAAGCUGGAGUGGCCAUACUUACAUCAGACAAACUAGACUUUAAAUCAAAGGCUGUAACAAGAGAUGAAGAAGGGCAUUAUAUAAUAAUCACAGGGUCUAUCCAUCAGGAAGAGCUAACAAUUAUAAAUGUCUAUGCGCAGAAUACAGGAGCCCCCAAAUAUAUAAAACAAUUACUCACAAACAUAAGCAACCUUAUUGAUAAGAAUGUGGUAAUUGCAGGGGACUUUAACACUCCACUUACAGAAAUGGAUAGAUCAUCUAGACACACGGUCAAUAAAGAAACAAGGGCCCUGAAUGAUACAUUGGAUCAGAUGGACUUGACAGACACAUUUAGAACCCUGCAUCCCAAAGCAACAGAAUAUACUUUCUUCUCGAGUGCACAUGGAACAUUCUCCAAGAUAGAUCACAUACUGGGUCACAAAACAGCCCUUCCUAAGUAUACAAGAAUUGAGAUCAUACCAUGCAUACUUUCAGACCACAACGCUAUGAAGCUUGAAAUCAACCACAGGAAGAAGUCUGGAAAACCUCCAAAAGCAUGGAGGUUAAAGAACACCCUACUAAAGAAUGAGUGGGACAACCAGGCAAUUAGAGAAGAAAUUAAAAAUAUAUAUGGAAACAAAUGAAAAUGAAAAUACAACAAUCCAAAUGCUUUGGGAUGCAGCGAAGGCAGUCCUGAGAGGAAAAUACAUUGCAAUCCAGGCCUAUCUCAAGAAACAAGAAAAAUCCCAAAUACAAAAUCUAACAGCACACCUAAAGGAAAUAGAAGCAGAACAGCAAAGGCAGCCUAAACCCAGCAGAAGAAGAGAAAUAAUAAAGAUCAGAGCAGAAAUAAACAAUAUAGAAUCUAAAAAAACUGUAGAGCAGAUCAACGAAACCAAGAGUUGGUUUUUUGAAAAAAUAAACAAAAUUGAUAAACCUCUAGCCAGGCUUCUCAAAAAGAAAAGGGAGAUGACCCAAAUAGAUAAAAUCAUGAAUGAAAAUGGAAUUAUUACAACCAAUCCCUCAGAGAUACAAGCAAUUAUCAGGGAAUACUAUGAAAAAUUAUAUGCCAACAAACUGGACAACCUGGAAGAAAUGGACAAAUUCCUAAACACCCACACUCUUCCAAAACUCAAUCAGGAGGAAAUAGAAAGCUUGAACAGACCCAUAACCAGCAAAGAAAUUGAAUCAGUCAUCAAAAAUCUCCCAACAAAUAAGAGCCCAGGACCAGAUGGCUUCCCCAGGGAGUUCUACCAGACGUUUAAAGCAGAGAUAAUACCUAUCCUUCUCAAGCUAUUCCAAAAAAUAGAAAGGGAAGGAAAACUUCCAGACUCAUUCUAUGAAGCCAGUAUUACUUUGAUUCCUAAACCAGCCAGAGACCCAGUAAAAAAAGAGAACUACAGGCCAAUAUCCCUGAUGAAUAUGGAUGCAAAAAUUCUCAAUAAGAUACUAGCAAACUGAAUUCAACAGCAUAUAAAAAGAAAUAUUCACCAUGAUCAAGUGGGAUUCAUUCCUGGGAUGCAGGGCUGGUUCAACAUUUGCAAAUCAAUCAAUGUGAUACAUCACAUUAAUAAAAGAAAAGAUAAGAACCAUAUGAUCCUGUCAAUCGAUGCAGAAAAGGCCUUUGAUAAAAUUCAGCAACGUUUCUUAAUAAAAACCCUCGAGAAAGUCGGGAUAAAGGAACAUACCUAAAGAUCAUAAAAGCCAUUUAUGAAAAAGCCUACAGCUAACAUCAUCCUCAAUGGGGAAAAACUGAGAGCUUUUCCCCUGAGAUCAGGAACACGACAGGGAUGUCCACUCUCACCGCUGUUGUUUAACAUAGUGUUGGAAGUUCUAGCAUCAGCAAUCCGACAACAAAAGGAAAUCAAAGGCAUCACAAUUGGCAAAGAUGAAGUCAAGCUUUCACUUUUUGCAGAUGACAUGAUAUUAUACAUGGAAAAUCCGAUAGACUCCACCAAAAGUCUGCUAGAACGGAUACAUGAAUUUAGCAAAGUUGCAGGAUACAAAAUCAACGUACAGAAAUCAGUUGCAUUCUUAUACACUAAUAAUGAAGGAACAGAAAGACAAAGAAAUUGAUCCCAUUCACAAUUGCACCAAGAAGCAUAAAAUACCUAGGAAUAAAUCUAACCAAAGAUGUAAAAGAUCUGUAUGCUGAAAACUAUAGAAAGCUUAUGAAGCAAAUUGAAGAAGAUAUAAAGAAAUGGAAAAACAUUCCGUGCUCAUGGAUUGGAAGAAUAAACAUUGUUAAAAUGUCAAUACUACCCAAAGCUAUCUACACAUUCGAUGCAAUGCCAAUCAAAAUUGCAGCAGCAUUCUUCUCGAAACUAGAACAAGCAAUCCUCUAAAAUUCAUAUGGAACCACAAAAGGCCCUGAAUAGCCAAAGUAAUUUUGAAGAAGACCAAAGCAGGAGGCAUCACAAUCCCAGACUUUAGCCUCUACUACAAAGCUGUAAUCAUCAAGACAGCAUGGUAUUGGCACAAAAACAGACAUAUAGACCAAUGGAAUAGAAUAGAAACCCCAGAACUAGACCCACAAACGUAUGGCCAACUAAUCUUGGACAAAGCAGGAAAGAACAUCCAAUGGAAAAAAGACAGUCUCUUUAACAAAUGGUGCUGGGAGAACUGGACAGCAACAUGCAGAAGGUUGAAACUAGACCACUUUCUCACACCAUUCACAAAAAUAAACUCAAAAUGGAUAAAGGACCUGAAUGUGAGACAGGAAACCAUCAAAACCCUAGAGGAGAAAGCAGGAAAAGACCUCUCUGACCUCAGCCGUAGCAAUUUCUUACUUGACACAUCCCCAAAGGCAAGGGAAUUAAAAGCAAAAAUGAACUACUGGGACCUUAUGAAGAUAAAAAGCUUCUGCACAGCAAAGGAAACAACCAACAAAACUGAAAGGCAACCAACGGAAUGGGAAAAGAUAUUUGCAAAUGACAUAUCGGACAAAGGGCUAGUAUCCAAAAUCUAUAAAGAGGUCACCAAACUCCACACCCAAAAAACAAAUAAUCCAGUGAAGAAUUGGGCAGAAAACAUGAAUAGACAAUUCUCUAAAGAAGACAUCCGGAUGGCCAACAGGCACAUGAAAAGAUGCUCAACGUCGCUCCUCAUCAGGGAAAUACAAAUCAAAACCACACUCAGAUAUCACCUCAUGCCAGUCAGAGUGGCCAAAAUGAACAAAUCAGGAGACUAUAGGUGCUGGUGAGGAUGUGGAGAAAUGGGAACCCUCUUGCACUGUUGGUGGGAAUGCAAAUUGGUGCAGCCACUCUGGAAAACAGUGUGGAGGUUCCUCAAAAAAUUAAAAAUAGACCUACCCUAUGACCCCGCAAUAGCACUGCUAGGAAUUUACCCAAGGGAUACAGGAGUACUGAUGCAUAGGGGCACUUGUACCCCUAUGUUUAUGGCAGCACUCUCAACAAUAGCCAAAUGAUGGAAAGAGCCUAAAUGUCCAUCAACUGAUGAAUGGAUAAAGAAAUUGUGGUGUAUAUACACAAUGGAGUACUACGUGGCAAUGAGAAAGCAUGAAAUAUGGCCCUUUGUAGCACCAUGGAUGGAACUGGAGAGUGUGAUGCUAAGUGAAAUAAGCCAUGUAGAGAAAGACAGA